AUGACACCCCCUUACAAAAUCGCUCCACAUCUGGAGUACUUCAAUAUUCCCUUCACCGACUUCAUCGCAGCCCGACCCGAAUUCGACGCGUUCGGGGUUGGUGGCUUCAUUUUCGAUCGGGCGACUUCACCUCCUCCCACAUCCGACGCGGGAUCCCUGCCACCACGUAUUCUAUUGCUCCAGCGAGCUCUGACCGAUUCUAUGCCCGGUUGCUGGGAAGGUCCUGGCGGGGCAGCUGAACCUGACGAAGAUGGCACGUUGCUGGAUGGAGUGGUGCGUGAAGUCGCCGAGGAGACGGGCCUGCAUGUCUCGCGGAUCGUGGAGUUGGUCGCCGUCGACGUUUGGGUUCAUACGCGUCGUUCGAAUGGGGAGAAGAUCCGGAUUGCGAAAUAUUCGUUUAUUGUCGAGGUGUACGAGGCGAUGAGGCAGUUGGAUCAUGGAACGGCUCAGGUUGUUCCGAUCGAGGAGAUCCCCGUCAAGCUGGAGGCGACCGAACACCAGGCCUUUGAUUGGGCGGUCGAGGAGGAUGUCCAGCAUUCGUUUCAGACGAGGAAAGGGAAAUAUGAAUUGCCUCUGCCUUCGGUGGGACAUCAGGGGCCGAAUAUUCUGAAAGCCUUUGGCUUGUUUACGGAGCUGCAAAAAGGAGCUUCUCUGUGA